GAAGCAUGCGCAGAGCAAACGACAGUCUUCGACUUGGUUGAGCAACGUUUUUAAAUGCGUUGGACAUACGCGGCCUUCGGGUCAAACCAGCGGCAACACAGGCACGGCCGGAGGAAGAAGCGAUACUCAGUGGUACAGUUCAACUGUCACGUGACAUGGCGGUGUGUCUUUGCUGUCGUGAGCUGCAGGAAACAGCGAGCUAGCGGCUAACUCCAGAUCAUAAUAAAAGUGUCAGUUGAAAAACAAAUCAUACCAAUGACAGUACAAAAUUAAUAGGAAACAUAUUCUAGUGUGAUAAAGGAACAACCAAAGACAUUUAAAAAAUGUACAGUUUAAACGUGAACUUGGCCAGUAGCGCCUCUAACGGCGGUAGCAGUAACCUGCUGGGUGUGGAAACUUCGUGUACCACACCGAAAACUCCCGAAAUUCUGAACUCUCUGAUCGCCAUGACUAACCCUUUCGACGGGUACACGGCGAGGAACAUCCCGCGCAUAGCGUCAUGCCCCCCGGGGGGCAGUGACACUAGUUCCUCAAGCACGGGGUCCCCCCUCGGGAGCCCCAGCUGCACCUCCCCGCCCAGCGUGCAACAUACGUGUUCCCAGCUCAUCAAGGAGGGCCUCAAACUGACGAUACAGACAAAGCGGAGAAACACCGGCCGACAUCUUGAGAAUCUUGACUCACCGCGUAACAACAAAAUGGCGAGGAGAGAGGAGGUGAGUAGUCACGAAUAUGACUAUGAUGGUCUCUUCUCGCCAGGUGUCGGGCUUACGGCGGAAGACGAGGAACGUAGAAGGCGUCGUCGAGAGAGGAACAAGAUAGCGGCCACCAAGUGUCGAUUAAAGAAGAGAGAACGCACAGUUAACCUGGUGCAGGAAUCAGAAGUUCUCGAAAACCAGAACCAAGACUUGAAGAACCAGAUACAAGAACUGGAGACUCAGAGGCGUCGGCUGAUGGACAUGCUUUCGAUGCACAAGCCCACGUGUAUGAAGAACCUGCCUUACAGUCCAGACAACGCUGCUGCCACCUACUGUGGGGACCCCGCGACAUCCAUCGCAGCAGCUUUCUGUAACGACACCACCACGACCACUUCCUCCGGUGGGUAUCACCACUACAGUGGGGUUUACACGGACAACGGGUGCAUGGCGUAGUUGCCAUGUGAGUGUACGCAAAUGAGGGCACGGAGUGAAAUAUUUAAAAUGUUUCGACCACUAGGUGACAAUAAAGAAGCCACUACAUAAAUUGUAAACAGUUUGAGUCUUGCAGACGAAGAAAAUGUGAGAAUUCGGAGUAUUUUGUUUAUGAAACAGCAGUUUUCUCAAAGACAAGUGAACACUAAUGCCGAUGGCACGAGAGAACUCCCUCGUACUAAAAGUGCAACUUAAGAAAGGACCUUCUUUUAGGUUCUUCAGGUGACAGCUUAAGGAAGUGCGUUGAUCGUGGCAACAGAUGCUACGAGUUACAAGACACUGGACAGAGACUUGGAGCAUUCCGCCAUUUUAGUUUUGAAGACGGCAAA